AUGCACAAGCGAGUGCAAGUGGCAAGGUCGGAACAAGCAAAACGGAAUCAGAAAACGCAAAGAGGAGCCAGAGUGGCGAAUUUCGAUGUCGGUGACUACGUGUUGCGGUCUCGAGUGGACCAAAAACAGAAUGACAAGCUGCUUGUCACUUGGAUAGGCCCGUAUCAGAUCGUUGGUGCAGACGAACACUCUUUCCGCGUGCAGCACCUAGUGACUGGCGCGGAAUCAGACGUACAUGCGUCACGCCUUAAGUUCUACGCGGACGCGUCCUUCGAGGUAACGGAGGAGAUCCGUGAGCACGUGGCUGCUCAAGGCAUUGUCCUGACCGUUGCUGAGCUGAAGGAGCACCGGUGA